CCAACUCCGAUCAUGUCAAAUAAUGACUCUUCUGCCUCCGAGCUCAUCAGCUCACCGAAAGAAAAUGCCGGUGACCAUUCCAUCUUCCCGGAGUCAUCGGCAUGGUCCUCUAGCUUCCUCGAUCGAUCCCAUCCCACGAGCCCAAGAAGGCUUCAGUCCUCUCCGAGAUCCAUCGCUUCCGGCGUUUUACGGAGCCAUUGGCUCCCUUCCUACCCAGUGAAUUUUCAGUACUGUGGUUUAGGUUCGAUUUUGAGUUCGCUGCUGAGCAGCUGUGAACGCUCGGAAAAGGGGAUAAGGAUGAGCCAGAGCCAAGGCGUGAAAAGGAGGAAGAGCAGUGGUUGGUGGGGGCGGCAGCUGAGAAGAAAUCAGUGGAUCGUGUUGUUGGUUGGGUUAGUGGGAUUUUUCUUUAUGGUGAACUGGUGGAUGUUUUUCAGGCUUCAGAACGAUCCUUCUGGUCGCCGGAAGAAUUCGGAUGUUAUCUUGAAUUCGACGUUGUCGGCUUUUCCGAGACAGCGGUUUACGGAAAGAAAAAAUAAAUAUGCAAAAGUUGGAAGAUUUCGUCCAAUAAUGUAUAACAGGCUUUUUGCAUUGGCUGCACACUCGCUAGCAGAUGCAGAGGGCAAGCCUGAACCUCGUGACUUGUGGAAGGAGACUGUUGUUCCCACUGUUUCCUGGAGACCCUGUGCUGAUCAAGGGAGUUGGAAACCUAGUGAGGCGACAAAUGGUUUUGUUCUAGUCAGUGCAAAUGGUGGGAUAAGCCAGCAAAGAGUGGCUAUUUGCAAUGCUGUUGCCAUUGCUAGGUUACUCAAUUCUACUCUUGUUAUUCCAAGGUUUCUGUAUAGCAAUGUCUGGCAAGAUACAAGCCAGUUUGGCGAUAUAUAUCAAGAGGAGUACUUUAUCAAUUACCUACAAGCUGAUAUUAAAAUUGUGAAGGAUCUACCAGUUGAAUUGCAGUCAUUAGACUUGGAGGCAAUAGGUAGUCUUAUCACUGAUGCAGAAAUCAUGAAAGAGGCAAAGCCAAGUUUUUAUGUAAAAAAGAUUUUGCCUAUCUUGCUUAAAAAUAGGUUGGUUCAUUUUACUGGAUUCGGGAAUCGCCUAGCUUUUGACCCCAUACCAUUUGAUUUGCAGCGCCUACGGUGCAGGUGCAACUUCCAUGCUCUGAGAUUUGUUGAUAAAAUACAAGAAACUGGUGCAUUGCUGGUUCAAAGAAUGCGUCGUCAUAUGAUAAACUGGAGCUUCUUGGAACAUAAUCUGCUUGGCCCAUCUGCUGCCAAAUCUAAUCAUAAUGCCAGUGCUCUCCAUCAUACCAAGGCAUCCAGAUACUUAGCUAUACAUCUUAGAUUUGAAAUUGACAUGGCCGCAUAUUCACUUUGCUAUUUUGGUGGCGGCAAAGAGGAAGAGGAAGAGCUAGAGGCAUAUCGAGAAGUCCAUUUUCCUGCAUUGAAUGAACUUAGAAAAACUAAGAAAAUGCCUUCUCCAGACUACUUGCGGUCUGAAGGUCAGUGUCCUCUCACGCCAGAAGAAUCAGUACUUAUGCUUGCUGCUCUUGGUUUUAAGCGUAAAACAAAGUUGUAUGUUGCUGGUGCUGAUAUUUAUGGCGGGAAGUCGAGAAUGGCCGCUCUGAAAAGCUUAUACCCUAAUUUGGAAACUAAGGAAAGCCUUCUUUCUCCCUCUGAACUCGAACCAUUCCGCAACUUUUCUUCUGAGUUAGCUGCCCUGGACUUCAUUGUAUGUUCUGCCGCUGAUGCAUUUGCCAUGACAGACUCUGGAAGCCAAUUAUCCUCCCUUGUUGCUGGCUAUCGCAUAUAUUAUGGGGGUGGCAAGCACCCCACCAUACGACCAAAUAAGCGCAGAUUAGUUACCAUUUUCGCGAAGAAUUCAACUAUAGAAUGGAAGCAAUUUGAGGUAAGAGUUAGGAAGACGGUGAAGCAGAGUAAGAAGGUUUACGAAAGGCCUGUAGCUAGAAGCAUAUACAGGCAUCCAAGAUGUUUGCAGUGUAUGUGUUCAGUGGAUGCAUAGCAUCUGUAUUUUGUUUCUUUUCUUAAAUCAAUUGCUUGAUAUUUGGGGGAUCUA